CAGGGGAUCGCUUCCAGCUCAGUUCAUGCUUCAUUAGUGUGCAGUACUGAUUGCAUAGCAGAGAGAAGCGCAGGGAAGUGCAGAGUGGACUCGGCGCUGCUCGGCCAGAGCGAGAGGCGCUUGUUUUGCGCACAUACAGGUAUGCAUAGCUGGCAAAAGCACUCUGGGCCGCUCAGCUACCUGCAUCUUCACGCGAGGAGGGGAGUGAGUGAGAGAAAGAUAGCACAGCCAACCCAAGGGAAUGAAUCAUAAUGGCAGAGCAUCAACAGCAGCUGCAACAUCGGGCCGCCGGACCCAGGUCAACGACGCUUGACUUGCUCCCCGGUGUCCGCCUCGGUCCCUUUUCCCUCGGCGCGUCCUUCUGGCGCACGAUCAACUAUCUGCGCGCGAACCACGACACGUAUCCCAGCAUCAAGAUCCUCUGGGAUGCAUCGUCAUCACAGGGAGCACCGCAGUGUUCCGGCAGCAGCAGUUUCUCUCGGACUGGCCAAACUACUGGCGUGACGAGCAGCGCCGCCGUCGCGAAACCGAUCGUCGUCUCUGCAUCGGAUCAUCUCCACCUCGCCUUUGAUGCCCGGUACCAGCGCUUGCAGACCAUUACCCUCGAUGACCUACCUCAUUUUGGAGACCCCACCUUGAAGAAUGAUCAUGAGGGUGCAAGUGUGCAAGCGCGAAAAGGCAAGCAGGGCAGGGAAGCGUGGCAGCGGCCGUUUAGCAUCGUCUAUCGCGGAAGGCACAUUUACAGCUCAAGCAGCACCAGCACCGCCGCAUCGCAAGCGGGCACGCCACUAUUGACGCGCUCUGCCAUCCAUCAGAUCUUUGGGCCCACUUAUCCAGGUCAGGAGCGGGAGCGCGGUGACGGAACGGCCGACGAAGCGGUAGCAGCUUCCAGCGACUCGACAAACAAAAAGCGCGGCACCAGCGGCGGCUCGCUGCCGCGUGCGAUCAGCGGUCACGCUACUCCAUCGAAGUCGUUAGAACAGGCGGUUGGCACUGCAGCUGCUGGCGCAAAAGAGUUUGUCCUGUCGUACCCAGGCGUCGCAUUUUCGUUCCCAAUGCUUGCCGCCUCCGCCGCCGACGAGAACGGCGAGGGUAAGCUGACCGGUCCUAACCGCCAUGUCGCCGCGUCAACGCUGUACAUUUUCAGCGGCAAGGCGCCGCAUGCUGCUCCUGUUGCUGCAGUAGCCGAUGGCGGUGAUGAACAGCCUGUGGCUCUCUCGUGGCCUAUGCCACGCGACGACCGCAUCGCCGCUACAGAUGCGUCUCGCGCGCGCUCCUCGCGUGGUAGCAGCAGCUUUGAUGCUGACGGCGGCGCUUUUGCAUACAUGCUCGACGAACAAGUAUUUGUCGACUCCGCUACCGUGUUCCCCGGUGAGGGUGUGCGCUUGCAACUUUGCGCGGUUUCCGCUGCUGCCUCUUCCUCAAAUGCAACGAGCAGGCCUGAGCGACGAAGAGGUACCGCUCCUUCUGCCUCGCUCUCCCCCUCUCCCUCUGGCCGUGGUAGCGACGUAGCAGGCAGGACAAAGCAGGAUCACCAGGUAGUUACACUCGCCCUCGGCCGCACGACCGUCCAGGACGUGCUGUGCGAGCUCGGUAGUCCCGAGGCGCGCUGCUGGAAGGAGGACGAACGCAUGGGCAUCCACCAGCACCAGCAGCAUCCAGUGCCCCACUCGUCGUGGAGGAGCACCUGGUCGCAGCGCAGCGCUAGCGGUGGGGUUGGUGCGUCCGGAAGAGCAGGAGGCGACACCAUGUUGAAUGGCCGUGCUCACGCUCAUGGCGACGACGAAGAUGAUGGGGAUGGCGACGACGAUGACGAUGGAGAUGAUGAAGCGAAUGGCUUGGGCGAAGCCCAGCGUGGGCCGCAGCCCUUCUUCUUCAACUACUUCUCUCUUGGCUUCGAUCUGCUAUUCGAGUACUCAAACAGAAGUUUACCCGUCGCUUGUAGCAACCGAGAUGCCAGAGACGGAGAUGAGGAUGGACAGCAGGAAGGACCUGUGCUGAGCAAGAUAAUAUGCCACAGCAACACUCCCGGGCACGCGCUAUUCGGGCGCUACCAGCGCUUGCCAUGGCAUCUUGCGCGGCCCGGUUCCCGCAUGCCAUCUAGUCAUGCGGCAGAUGGUGGAGACGCAGAUGUGGACAUGGAAACGAACGCGGGCCCGCAGCCGGACUUUCUGCGCCCGUACGAGGCGCUCGUCGCGUCUGGCGCCUUGCCCGUGCAACCGAUUGUGUCGGCGCAGCAUGAGCACCGCGAAACGAUGCUACUUGACCGCUCGUCUGACGCGGUCGAGUUCAAAGAGUUGCUGCAGCUCGACGUCUCGAGCAGCCUGCACGGGCACCCCGGCGUUGUGCUCGAAGUUAGCGUCAGGGACGGCCUCGUUGCGUGCAUCACGGUGCUUGCGGUCGCGUAGCGCCACACAUAGAGGGACCUAUCUUCGCACAUUCGGUCGUCUUGCCGUCAAUUGUAUUUGUACGAGCGCAUUGCAUGCAUAUUGCAU